CGACUGGGGGCGAAAAGAUCAGGGAGCGAAACGACCGGAUACCAGCUGACGAAGUAAAACGAAAAGAUGGUUUACGUAUCAGAAGGAGGUCAGGUCCUCGACUCUAGAUCACCAUGGAGACUUUCCAUCAUCCCAGAGUUUUUCUUUGGGAUCAUGAACUUUUUUGUGUUAUUCUUUAAAACAAUGUUCCAGCCAUCGUUGACCAAGAAUGGCAGUAACCAAAGCUCAGAUUACAGACCUGAUGGUGGUGGUGGUGGCCCCAGGAGAAGAAUGGGAGGAUUCAGAGGAGGUGGUGGAGGUCCAAGUGCGCCACCUAUGGCAGGGGGUGGAUGAGGCCGGUAAACGCUCUCUGCUCAAGAGAGCGUAAGAUCUUGCCAUCUACAGGAAAGCGUACGCAUCAUUAAGUCGAGGGAUUGACAUUUACACACUGAGGAUUUUAGUCUUAAUUCUAAGCUGAAGCUAUUCAGGAUCUUAAUAUUACUGUUUUACAAACUUUUGACAGAAACAAUGAUAUUGACUUGAGUUCCUUGGUUUCUCUGAUGGUUGGGGGUUGGGCCGGUGAGACAGCAUACUGUAUCUGUCAGUGGAUAAGCUGCACUGAGUUAUAAGUUACACCUUAACUGAAGAAAUGUUUGUGUAAAAGGUGUCACUUUUCCACUAGCAUUAGCAGUAUGGUCAUCAAUGAUUUGUGUAAGCUGUAUGUAGCUGGCAAGUUGGCAGUGGUCACAAGGCUUUCUGUAGUGAGCAGAACUUAUGAAACAUUUGUGGUAACCUCGAUUGAGCCCAUGAAUGUGGAUGUUGCCUUGUGACUGCUGCUGUUACUCAAAAGUUUGGGACAGGUCGGGUCGGGGCGGGGGGGAUUUAUGGACUGUCCAAAAAUAUCAUGUUUGCCUGAGUGUCAUCCCAUAAUACUUUGUCUAUUCAGAAUUCUUGUACAAUAACCUCAGAUUAAGAGGGCAUCAUCAUAUUUCAAAUGGAUUUCUAGGUCAGAAAACCCUGUAUCGGGAGGUUUGGGGAGCUCUUCAUGAGGACAGUCCAUACAUGUAUUGUUGAAAGAAAUAUUUGCUGUGAGCUUUACCAAGCUUUAGUUGUAUAGUGUGGUACAAGUUUGUCCUCAUGUUCAUUCAUAUUGUCCUUUCAUCUUUUCAAUGAUUUCAUUGGAUUGUCACACAAGGACGUCUGGUGUCCGUAUCAUUUGCCAUCUUAGUCAUUGUACAUACAAAUGUAUCGACCAAAAUGUAUUGUUUGUUCAACAAUGGCCAGGAUAGGGGGUACAUGUCGUACGUGUACAAUGCACUGACACUUUUUAAGGGAACAUAUGUCAUCUGAAGCAGCCGGUUGUUUGGAUGAGAAAUUCCCUUUUGGACAUUGAACAGGCACUGCAUUGUUCACCUUGACCUUACUAUUGUUGAACAGAUUUGAAAUAUUUAUUGAAUAAAAACUACAUCUGCAAAGAA